GCCAGUGGAUAAUGUCACAAUAGGUAUUUGGCAAUUCUGUAUCAGAAGGGUUUAUCAUGUUGUGGGCAUGAAAAUGUAAUGUUAAAAGAAUGUGUUAUUUGUGUGAGGAUGGUAUCAGAAUGGCUAAUUAGCACUAAUGCCAAUAGUUUUAAAGGUAUUUGGUCUUAAAACUACAAUAUACAAGUUCUGGAAAUCAAGCUAGUGUUAGCAUGAGGCUUGGUAGCCAACCACUCCUUCCCCUGCUUCUCCCACUCCAUUGCACUUCACCUGCAUCCUUGUGAUUGUACGUACCUGAUGUAUUGACUUCUCUUCAGAGCUCUUUGAUUCAACUAAUGCAGAAAUGGUGGAGGCCAUGGAGGUUCAUUUUUCAGUGGAUGGAGACCACAAUGGCACCUUCAGUCCUCCAGACUGGUGGAUUCGUUUUGGGUUUGAUUGGCGCCGCAGCUCUCACUGCUGCUACUGCCAUGAACAAAUGGAGCGUCAAAGACAGGCAGGGAGAUGUGGUGACGUCCGUUUAUACCUACAAGGGUCUGUGGCAGGACUGUGAGACCACUUCUUCUGGAUUCACUGAGUGUCGUCCGCUCUACGGCAUCCUGGGCUUUACAGGUGCCUUCCAGGCGGUGCGAGCCCUGAUGAUAGUGGGCGUUGUGCUGGCUGUGCUCGGCGCCGUGAUAUCAGUUUUCUCCCUGCAAUGCCUCACAAUGAGCAACAUGGAAGACACAAGCAAAGCCAAGAUGAGCCUCACCGCUGGCAUCAUGUUCAUCAUCGCCGGUGUGUGCGGCAUUGCAGGAGCUUCCAUCUAUGCCAAUCAGAUUGUGUCCAGUUUCAGGAUGUCGACCUACAACAACUAUGGAGGAGGAAUGAUGCAGGGCGGGAUGGGAGGAGGGAUGGGAGGAGGGAUGGGAGGAGGGAUGGGAGGAAUGCCAAGAUACACAUUUGGCCCUGCACUGUUUGUUGCCUGGAUAGGAGGCGGCAUCCUGCUCAUCGGUGGCAUCCUCGAAUCUCUGGCUUUCAAGGGAAUGAUGAAAGAUGACAAACCAAGCUACCCUGGAGUUGUUUACAAACCUCAGUCCCGCACCAAAACCGACCACGAUGAUCAUCAUUCAGAGGGCGGCAGGAAACAACAGAAUUAUGUGUAACUUUAACCAAAGUUUGCUUUUUUUUAUUUACCUGCAGCAAGCUUUGUAGGAUGGUCUAGUUGCAUCAUGUGUGUACGCGUUCAAAACUAUCUAAUGAUGCGAGUCAGUCAUGUCAUAUGAACAGCUGUAGGAAGGUUAAAAAGAUGUGGCAAAAUAUUUAGCUUUCACAUACACAUCUCAGUGGUUACUAGAUCUUUAUAAAUGCUCCGAUUCUGUGUGUAACUGAAGCUUUUUUUUUAACUUGAAUUUUGUUAAAUCAUUUUUUAUGUAUGUUUGAGAAUAAAACAUCGAUUUCUGAAACGUGUGUUAAAUGGUUCCAGUGACUCUGAAAAUGUAUUUACUGAUAACAUAUGAACACCUGAUGUGAAAAUCAAGUUGUUUAAAUUCUAUUAAUACAGGAGCCAUCUGAGUAAAGGCAUUUUAAGAUAUAAAUUUUAUCUUUAUAUGCAUUUUUUUUCAAGUGUAGUUAUCUGUAGCCAACUUGCGAUAAUGCUCUAAUAUAUUUAAACUGCCUGCAGCACUUUUCCUUGUUGUCACCAUGUAAAGUAAAAUCUGUAAUUUGCUUAAUCAGACUGGUAGCCGUGUGAAACAGAAGAGAAGCUAUAGAUGUUCGAUCUGUGUUUUAAAGUUGCUACACAGUAUUCUUGUUGACUAUCCAGCACUUUCAUGCUGCAUAGUUCUGUACUGGAAAGGCAAACAGACAGUUUAUGGUUCCUCUUCCCUUUCAAAAAAAAAAGUUUGUAGGGAAAUAAAUGAUCAAAACUAUUGUCCAUAUGUAACUUAUAAUGCACUUAGAUCUGUAAUGAGGUCAGUAAGUGUGAAGUGGUGAACAUAAAUAUGUUUUUUCUUCCAUUUUAAAAAAGGGGACAUGGUGAUCUUGUUGUAAUUUAAUUCUGGAGAUAAAUCUCAGGGAUAGUUUUGACAAUACAUUUUAAAAUUCUGGGCUGCACUAAGAGUUUUAGCCACACACUGAUUAAGCAUGUUUUGAAACCCAUUUUGUUCAGGUUGCCCUCCUGUCACGCAGCACUGAGCUGCAAUGCAGUUUCAGAUCACUAGAUGUCAGCAAAUCAUUGUCUUUGAUUUUAAACGUCUGAGUUAACACACUUACAAAGCAGUAAUCUCUACUGGAAUAAGAAAAAUUAUCCUGUCAUCAUACACUUGUAUUUUCCAUUAGACAAAAAAAUAAAAUACUCCAUUGACAGAAAAACAAUUUUAUUUGUUUAUUGUUGCAUAUUUAAACCGCCACCUCACUUGCUCAAAACAAACAUCCAAAACAAAAUCCAGUUUCUCUUCGAAGCAGAGGACGCAGAGACACACAAAUGUACAUCAGAGCUCACAUCCCAAAACUGGUUUACUGUGAGGUCUUCACUAACGUGUGCCUCCGCAAAGACAUCUGCAUCUGAGGAGCAACUAGGACUCAUUCACUCUCACCACAAAUCCCAUCUGUCACAAUGUUAAGCAUUAUAAAAAAUAAUUAUACAGGAAUAUUGGACACACAGACAGAGGGAAAACAAAACAGUUCAUGAUGUACAGUAUUGUUUUUUUUAAGACCGAAUGGAACCACUUUGAGACAUGAUUUAUCUGUGAUGUUGAUCAUUAUUUCAGGUGUGUUGUGAUUAUGUCGUCUCACACGCUCACAGAAGUUAUUUUGUAAAAUCCGCACAAGAAAAUCAUGAUUUUCCGAUACAAAAACAAUGACUUAACAACCAUCUAUCAAGGCCGAGUUGUGUACAAAUUGGUAAAUACCUAAAGGGACAGUUCACCCAAAUUACAAAACAAACAUUUUAUCUCCUGUAGCCAUGCAGCUAGUUUCUGUUUAAUUUGCUCGGGUGCCGCAACCUGAAUCCAGUGAAGAUUAAUUUUGUUUGUGGUCUUUAAUACAUUUAGAGGCUACAUUUACAGCUACAUGUCUUUCUAGAAACAGUGUUCCCGCUACAAAGUUUUCAUCCAGACUAUUUCUUCAGUACAGCGUUUCUAAAAAGGCAAGUUGCUGUUAAAUAUUUUAAAUGUCACUUUUAAAUGCUGUGAACUCCACAAACAAACAAAAAACCCCAUUCACCUGAAAGAGGAGGCAGAAAUCCCAGAGUGAUAUCUCAAAGCCUUGGCACAUAAAACAGAAACUAUCUGCAUGAAUAGGUAACACCAGAGGUAAGUGAGAUAAUAUGUUUCUUUCUUAUUUGGCUAAAGCGACCCUUUAACUAAAGACUU